UGUACUGCGUGACAUUUGGGGGGUGUGGUGCAGGAGGUAUCUAUUAAAAGAGGAGUGUUGGUGUUGGUGUCCACAAUGCCUGUUGGAGCCCAAUAGGGACACUCAACCAGGAUGCCAGAGCCAAAUAAAAAGACAGUCUCAGCUUUCACCAAGAAACCAAAGACUCAGACGGCUGAGACUGGGGCAACAGUCAUAUUUGAAGCAGAGACUGAGAAGCCUGAUGUAAAAGUGAGAUGGCAGCGAGACUCCAAGGACAUCUCAUCCAGUUACAAAUACACCAUCUCAGCGGAGGGCAAUAUGCACUCUCUCGCCAUAAACAAUGUAGUUCAGGAGGAUGCAGUGGGAUAUGCUAUUAUUGCUGGGGUGUCAAAGGUCAAAUUUGAAUUAAAGAUAAAAGAAUCAGAAGUGAAGGAACCACAAAAAGCUGUGUCCCCAGAUCCUGCAGUUGCAGAACCUAAGCCUAAAGAGACUCCAUCAGCACCUACUGAAAGUUUAGCACCAGACACCAGUGGAACCGUAUCAGAUGGUCUGCCUGAGAGUCAUCAACCUGACACAAGGCAGGACCUUACUGGUCUCUUCACUGAAAAGCCUCAAAGUGGAGAGGUAAAUGUAGGUGAGAACAUUAGUUUUGUUGCUCGGGUGUGUGGUGAAUCUCUGCUGAAGAAGCCCACAGUCAAAUGGUUCAAAGGAAAGUGGAUGGAUCUGGCCAGCAAGUCAGGAAAGCACCUUCAACUCAAAGAGCACUAUGACCGCAACACAAAGGUGUACACCUUCGAGAUGCAUAUCAUUGCAGCUAAAGCCAACUUCGCUGGAGCUUACCGUUGUGAGGUGUCCUCUAGAGACAAGUUUGACAGCUGCAAUUUUGACCUGGCAGUGCAUGAGGCUCGUACAACAGAUGGGUUUGAUAUUCGCUCUGCAUUUAGACGCACUAGCACAGAUGCAGGUGAAGACUCAGGAGAACUGGACUUCAGUGCUUUACUGAAAAAGAGAGACAGUUUCUUAAAAACUGGCCCACGAGCUGUUCAUGUGAGCACAGAGUCUGAGGUAGACAUAUGGGAAAUACUCCAGAAGGCUCCACCAUCGGAGUAUGAAAAGAUCGCCUUCCAGCAUGGAAUCACGGACCUGCGGGGGAUGCUUAAGAGACUCAAAAAAAUGAAAAAAGAAGAGAAGAAAAGUGCAGCAUUUUUGAGGAAACUGGACCCAGCUUACCAAGUCGAAAAGGGACACAAGAUCAAAAUGCAAAUUGAAGUGGCCAAUCCAGAUGCAGAGGUUAAAUGGCUAAAAAAUGGACAAGAGAUCCACCCAACUGGAAGCAAGUACAUCUUUGAGAGUAUAGGCAACAAACGCUUCCUCACAAUCAACAACUGUACGCUGGCAGAUGAUGCUGCUUAUACGUGCUUGAUUGGAGAAGAGAAGACCGUCACUGAGCUCUUUGUUAAAGAGCCUCCUGUUGUGAUUGUACGUAAUCUAGAGGAUCAGAUGGUUAUGAAGGGAGAACGAGUAGAGUUUGAGUGUGAAGUGUCUGAAGAGGGGGCUCAUGUGAAAUGGGAGAAAGAUGGUGUGGAACUCACCCGAGAUGAGUCCUUCAAGUACCGCUUCAAGAAAGAUGGAUGUAAGCAUGUCCUUAUCAUUAAUGAUGUGACCAAAGAGGACUGUGGACACUACCGAGUGAAAACCAAUGGAGGGCAAUCAUUAGCAGAGCUCAUGGUUCAGGAGAAACAGCUAGAGGUGUAUCAAAGCAUUGCUGACCUGACGGUGAAGGCCAAAGACCAGGCUGUGUUCAAAUGUGAGGUAUCUGAUGAGAAUGUGAAAGGCGUCUGGUACAAAAAUGGAGUGGAGGUGAAAGCUGAUGCCAGAACUCAUAUCACACACAUUGGAAGGAUUCAUAAGCUGACCAUUGAUGACGUAAAGCCAGAGGAUGAGGCUGACUACACCUUCGUUCCUGAGGGCUAUGCCUUCAAUCUCUCUGCCAAGCUCAACUUUUUAGAGGUCAAGAUUGAUUUUGUUCCACGCCAAGAUCCUCCCAAGAUUCAUCUUGACUGCAUGGGCCGCACCGCUGAGUCCACAAUCUUGGUUGUGGCUGGAAAUAAACUGCGACUAGAUGUACCAAUUACUGGAGAUCCUGCCCCUAUUGUGGUUUGGACAAAAGGAGAAAAGGUGCUGACAGGCUCACAUGGGCGGGUCCAUGUGGAGAGUACCAAAGGCCACUGUAUCUUUACCAUUGAGGGGGCGGAGCGUCAGGAUGAGGGAGUGUACUCUGUCAUUGUACGCAAUCCUGCUGGAGAGGAUACAGCUGACAUUAAUGUCAAAGUUGUUGAUGUGCCAGAUCCACCUGAAGCUCCCAGAAUCCUUAGCGUCGGUGAAGAUUCUUGUAUUGUCCAAUGGGAUCCCCCACUCUUUGAUGGUGGCCAGCCAGUCAUAGGUUACGUUCUUGAAAGGAAGAAGAAAAAGAGCUAUAGAUGGAUGAGACUCAAUUUUGAUCCUUAUAAAGAGACGACAUAUGAAGCCAAGAGAAUGAUUGAGGGUGUAGCCUACGAAAUGCGUGUUUACGCAGUAAACGCCAUCGGCAUGUCACGCCCCAGUGCUGCCUCCCAGCCAUUUGUGCCAGUUGCUCCUACCAGUGAACCUACUGGCCUGUGUGUGGAGGACAUCAGUGAUACCACCAUCUCUCUGAAAUGGAGGGCUCCAGAAAGAAUAGGCUCAGCUGAGCUUGAAGGCUAUGGGGUUGAGUACUGCAAGGAAGGCUCUGAUGAAUGGAUCCCUGCAUUUAAGGGUCUCACAGACAGGACCUCUGUGAUCAUCCGUGACCUGCCAACCGGAGAGAAGAUGCAGUUCCGCGUAAGGGCAUAUAACAUGGCAGGCCCAAGCCCUCCUGCCACACUGCAACAAGCAGUCACCAUCCGUGAAAUCAUGCAGCGACCCAAAAUCUGGGUACCCCGUAACCUCCGCCAGACACUUAUCAAGAAAGUAGGAGAAAUGAUUAACCUGGUAAUCCCCUUCCAGGGUAAACCACGACCUCAAGUGACCUGGACAAAGAACGAUGAGCCUCUGGACCCUAAGCAGGUCAGCAUACGAAACAGCGACACUGAUACCAUCCUCUUCAUCAGGAGAUCUGAGAGAAAGGAUUCUGGGAAGUAUGAUGUUCAAGUGCAAAUUGAGAAUGUGGAGGACAGGGCCAGUGUGAAUAUACAGAUUGUUGACCUGCCAGGCCCACCCCAAAAUUUAAAGGUGGUAGAUGUUUGGGGCUUCAACGUUGCCCUGGAGUGGAAACCACCCAAGGAUAAUGGCAACUGCGACAUCACAGGCUACACCAUCCAGAAGGCUGAUAAGAAAACCAUGGAAUGGUACACUGUGUUUGAGCAGUAUCGGCGCACUAACUGUGUGGUUUCGGACCUGAUCAUGGGAAAUGAGUACGUGUUUCGUGUGUAUGCAAUGAAUAUGGUGGGUCCGAGUCCAGAGCCUUGCCUCUCCAAAGACAGUGCCUACAUCCAGAAAACAGGCAUUAUGUACAAGCCUCCUUCCUACAAAGAGCAUGAUUUCUCUGAGGCGCCCAAGUUCACACAUCCUCUUGUGAGUCGCUCAGUUAUUGCUGGAUACAGUGCUACACUCAGCUGCUCCGUACGAGGCAUCCCUAAGCCUAAAAUUACAUGGUACAAAAACAAGAUGGACAUUUCAAACGAGGCCAAGUACCGUAUGUUCAGCAAUCAGGGUGUGCUGACUCUGGAGAUCCGCAAGCCGUGUCCGUUUGAUGGAGGUGUGUACAUGUGUAAGGCGAUCAAUGACGGUGGAGAAGACAUCGUAGAAUGCAAACUGGAAGUGCGCCCUCAAGUCACAAAAGAAGACAGCAAGAAAUGAGAGACGGAAUGGGUUUGGAGAAACUGUGACACUGUCCUCUUUCUGUCUUCUGUCCUGAAACUGAUCCCAAGACAUGUCAAUGAUCAAAUGACAGAGCAAAGAAAUUUUUCAUCGGUUUUCUUCAUUUGGUUGUGCUCCCCUUUUCUCACUCACAUCCCAUGGUCUGUGCUUAGGUGUGAUUUGCUUUUCAUUAUUCCUUGUGUUCAUUUCGUUUCAUUUCAUGCUAUUGUAUUUAAAAUUUAUGCUGUAGGGUCUAGUGAUUUCAGUUUUUUCCUUCCACAUGAUGUUAUGCAAAACAUGCUAAAUAAAGAGUUUUGUUGAUGCUUA